AUGGAAGUCUUCAGAAAGAAACUCACAACGAGUGACAUUGAGAGACAUUUGGAGCUACCAAACGACGCAAGAAGAGAAGCCUUGCCACCGUUCCAAGGUGCUCGGGACAUUGUGUUUCCAGUUAUGUUUGAGCAAGCUGAUAUGGAAGUUGAUGUUCACUGCUCCAGCAGAUCGGGAAAACUUGCAUUUACUAAAAAUUGGCGUGACAUCGCAAGCCGUCUGAGGCUCAGCGCUGGUGAUGUCGUCACUUUGCAUAUGGAAGACCAAGAAAGGGAGGUCAAGUGGGAUGCUAGUGCUAUGGAAUCAGGUAGGAUGCUAGUGCUAUGGAAUCAAUUAAAUUCAUAA